AUGGAUCCAGAGAACCUGCCUGUCAUCAAUAACUACCUAGAUGCCAACGAGCCUGUGUCCUCAGAGGCCCGUCUGAGUCGCAUGCACUUCCAUGACAACCAGAGGAAGGUGGACUAUGUCCUUGCCUACCACUACCGGAAACGUGGGGCACACCUGGGCCAAGGUUCUCCUGGUCACUCGCUGGCUGUCAUCUCCAAUGGGGAAACAAACAAGGAACACCAUGCUGGGGGCCCUGGUGACAUUGAACUGGGGCCACUCGAUGCCCUGGAGGAGGAGAGGAGGGAGCAACGGGAGGAGUUUGAGCACAACCUGAUGGCUGCUGGGCUGGAACUUGAGAAGGACUUGGAGAGUAAAAGCCAGGGAUCCAUCUUUGUCCGGAUACACGCCCCAUGGCAGGUGCUGACCAGAGAGGCAGAAUUCUUGAAGAUCAAAGUUCCCACCAAAAAAAUGUACGAGAUCAAAGCAGGAGGAAGCAUUGCAAAGAAGUUCAAUGCAAUUCUGCAGAAGCUGAGCUCACCCCUGCAACCCAGAGUUCCAGAGCACAGUCACAACAGGAUGAAGAACCUUUCCUACCCAUUCUCCAGAGAGAAAAUGUACCUGUACAACAUUCAGGAAAAGGACACCUUCUUUGACAAUGCCACCCGUAGCCGCAUUGUGCACGAGAUUCUGAAGCGAACGUCCUGUUCUCGAGCUAACAACACGAUGGGUAUUAACUCCCUGAUAGCAAAUAAUAUCUACGAGGCUGCCUACCCGCUUCAUGAUGGUGAAUAUGAUAGUCCAGGGGAUGACAUGAAUGACAGAAAGCUGCUAUAUCAGGAAUGGGCACGCUAUGGAGUGUUUUAUAAGUUUCAGCCUAUUGACCUCAUCAGAAAAUAUUUUGGAGAAAAAAUUGGGCUGUAUUUUGCCUGGCUGGGGUUAUAUACGUCAUUCCUUAUCCCAUCUUCUGUAAUUGGGGUGAUUGUCUUUCUUUAUGGAUGUGCAACUAUUGAAGAAGAUAUUCCCAGCAAAGAGAUGUGUGACCAGCAGAAUGCCUUUACCAUGUGUCCCCUGUGUGACAAGUCCUGUGACUACUGGAACCUCAGCUCAGCCUGUGGGACUGCAAGGGCCAGCCACCUGUUUGACAACCCUGCCACCGUUGUCUUCUCCAUCUUCAUGGCUCUGUGGGCUACCAUGUUUCUGGAAAACUGGAAGAGACUACAGAUGCGACUAGGCUAUUUCUGGGACCUGACUGGUAUAGAAGAGGAAGAAGAACACUCCCGGCCUGAGUACGAAACCAAAGUUCGAGAGAAAAUGCUAAAGGAGAGUGACAAGUCAGCCGUGCAGAAAUUGGAAACAAAUAUGACUGAGAAUGAUGAGGAUGAUGAAGAUAAACUGACUUGGAAAGAUCGGUUCCCAGGUUACUUGAUGAACUUUGCCUCCAUCUUGUUCAUGAUUGCCCUGACGUUCUCCAUUGUCUUUGGGGUCAUUGUGUAUCGGAUCACAACUGCAGCUGCUCUGUCUCUCAACAAAGCUACACGCUCCAAUGUCCGGGUGACAGUGACAGCAACAGCAGUCAUCAUCAACCUCGUGGUCAUCCUCAUCCUGGAUGAGAUCUAUGGUGCCGUGGCCAAGUGGCUUACCAAAAUUGAGGUUCCAAAAACAGAACAGACUUUUGAAGAGCGCCUGAUCCUCAAGGCUUUCUUGCUAAAGUUUGUCAAUGCCUACUCCCCCAUCUUCUACGUGGCCUUUUUCAAGGGGAGGUUUGUGGGCAGACCUGGAAGCUAUGUCUAUGUCUUUGAUGGUUACCGCAUGGAAGAGUGUGCUCCAGGGGGCUGCCUCAUGGAGCUCUGCAUUCAGCUCAGCAUCAUCAUGUUGGGAAAGCAGUUGAUCCAGAACAACAUCUUUGAGAUUGGAGUCCCGAAACUAAAGAAACUAUUUCGGAAGCUGAAAGAUGAAACAGAACCUGAAGAAACUGACCCUGACCAUUCAAAACGUCCAGAACAGUGGGACCUAGACUAUAGCUUGGAGCCAUAUACUGGACUAACUCCAGAAUACAUGGAAAUGAUCAUCCAGUUUGGUUUCGUCACCCUCUUUGUGGCCUCCUUUCCCUUGGCACCUGUGUUUGCCCUCCUCAACAAUGUCAUUGAAGUGCGACUAGAUGCAAAGAAGUUUGUUACGGAGCUGAGACGGCCAGAUGCUGUGAGAACCAAAGACAUUGGAAUUUGGUUUGACAUUCUCUCCGGAAUCGGCAAGUUCUCUGUUAUCAUCAAUGCUUUUGUCAUCGCUGUUACCUCCGACUUUAUCCCCCGCCUCGUGUACCAGUAUGCCUAUAGUCAUAAUGGGACUCUGCAUGGCUUUGUGAACCACACUCUCUCCUUUUUCAACAUCAGCCAGCUGAAAGAGGGAACGCAGCCAGAAAACUCACAUUUCGACCAGGAGGUUCAGUUCUGCAGGUUCAAGGAUUACCGAGAGCCACCAUGGGCACCAAACCCAUAUGAGUUUUCCAAACAGUACUGGUCUGUUCUGUCUGCCCGUCUGGCUUUUGUCAUCAUCUUCCAGAACCUUGUGAUGUUCCUGAGUGUUCUGGUGGACUGGAUGAUCCCAGAUAUCCCAACGGACAUCAGUGACCAGAUCAAGAAAGAGAAGAGCUUGUUGGUGGACUUCUUCUUGAAAGAGGAGCAUGAAAAGCUCAAGCUCUCUGAUGAGCCAGCCCAGAGGAGCCAGGGAGGUGGGGAUCGGAGCAGGAGGAGCCGCGCUGCCAGCUCAGCACCCUCCAGCCGAAGCCAGCCAGGCAGCAUAGCAUCCUCAGGUUCCCAGCACACCAACGUGUGAGCUGCACAUCCCACUCCUCCAUGAGGAGGACGGGCAGCAGCAAGAUGCGUGCACAGAAGCACACUGGUACACCCCCACAGGCAUGCUCUGCAUCUGCCUGGACCUGGCCUGAUGGCGUCUCAAAGAAUAUGUGUGAAAGGGAGAGAAGAAAGUUGAGAGAACAACAGAAUGAGUGCUGGAAGGAAGAGAAAUGAUGCUGCUUUUCAGAAACUUCAAGCUUAAGUUUCUUGUAGAUUCUCUUUUGAGUUAUAUCCUUUUAGGGGAUUGUUACCCCACUGGGGUCUCUCCACCCUAGAGUUUUCCAGGCACCACAAGCCUUCCCUUGUCCCUGGGGCUUCCUCUUGUACUUCACCAUCAUCUCAGAUGACUGCAGCUGUGAGAGAAGUGCAGGGAGAACCAUGUCCUAGCCCCCGUGGUGCAUGAUCACCACCCCCUUCCUGCUGUCACCAUGAGGAAACCGCUCUGGGCCACUGGCAACUGGGGCUGUCACAAACUGCAGCUAAUGCAAAUUAAGCUGCAGAGCUGACUGCUGUGGCCACUGGACCUGAGGG